GUGCCGUCCGUGCCUGUUGCCUGCCAACGCGCGUCGCGGCCGGAAUCAUCGCCAACCUGCCGGUCGGUACGUUACAAUUACUUACGUACUGUACCCUACUACUACACGCGCCUCGCAAAAAGUCGCCCUCUUCCUCCACUCGCCGACACACACGGCGCAAAUCCCCACAACCCCAAGCGGGCGGGCGGACUUCCACCCACCUUCUCGCGCGGCGACGUGCUCGGCUCGCUUCCAGCCACCUCGCUCGCCGCCCGCCUCGGAAUCCCCGCCGCGAGAUCUUGUUCCCCGGAGGAUGGAGGUGAGUAGUGCCGCUUCCUGCAACCCUCUCUGGCUUUUCCUGCUCCGUGGCGGCGGCUGUACUCGGCAUGGUCGGCUGCGGCCUCAGGCUUAGCCGUGGGAGGCAAUUUCGCGGUGGUUCUGCUUGGCCGCUAGGGGGGGAUAUCCAUUGUGCCGCGACCGCAUUGCUCCCGUUUGGACGGUGGCUGCAGGUUUUCUGGUGGAUUUGGUGCCUGCGCGCCGUUCCUCCGGAAUCCUGCCGCCGCCGCUAAGGAACUCUGGGUGCAAACUGAGGCCACACGCUGCACCCGCGGUUUCGUCUGUUUGUUGCUGGAUUCUAGUAGUUUGGUGUGCUUGGUUGAUGACAUGUCGAUUGGAUAUUUCUGUUUGGCUGCACCUUUUCCAUUUUCCUUUCAGGUCCAGCUUCCCCCAGAUAAGAGACUAGAAAUGCCUGCUGUUCUCUACUGCCAGUACAAAUUACUCUGCUUGUCAUCAACUCGAAUUUUGACAGCCCCGUGUUGAUAAAAGGCGAUUAGAUCACUAGAUCCCAUCUUCAAGUUCGUUGGGCAUGCUUCCUUUCAGAUUUCGUGCCAGGAUUAGCAAUUGGUGAUUUCUCUAAUGGAUGAGAAUACUAAGGCCCUCCUAGAUUAUAUAAGUUGGGUUAUGAUAGAAGGUUAGGAGAGUAAAAUAUCAUUUUGGAACCACAAAUAAGCUAAAAUAAGCUACCCAAUGUUAACUUAUUUCAGUUUAUUUGUGGUCUCAAAGUGAUAUUUUACCCUCAUACACUUUCACUAUAAUCCAGCUUAUAUAAUCUAAGAGGGAAGUAAACAGACCCUAAAGUGCAGGUUUCUGCAUUUCCACACACUCCAUUGAAAUGCAUUUGUACAGUCCUUUUGGUCCUUUCUUGGGGGGUUUCAGGUUACUGAAUAUUGCUGUUAAUUCCUCUCGUACCUGUAAUGUGGCGACGGGCUUACAGCUGGUAGCCUGGCACAAAUUACCUGGAUAUCCAGCAUAAUAAGACUGGACCCAUAUCUGCAAAUAAAUUUGCGGACCUUGACAGUGUAAAUGAAAAAAAUGACUUAUUUUUUAUUUAUAUGUCCCUGUGAGGCUGUGACUACAAAAAUAUGUGAAUAAAAUUUUAUUGGAAUAUGGGUCUCCGGUUGGUCAUAAUUUGUCAUUUUAUUUGAACCAAAUAUUGGCAACCGUACUUUUCGAGCAUUACUUUCAUGAAACUUCUGAACACCUACGUACCUGGAAACACUUGAUGUUGUUGACCCAUUUCAUCAGUGGUCUAUGGUAACCAGGGUUAUCAAUUUCUGGUCGAAAUCCAGCCAAUUUCGCCGAUUUUUCUCGAUUCUGUAGUAGGCGAAAUUCAAAUUUCGGUCCGCAAAAUUAUGUAUUACAGUUCCCAAUUCAAAAAAAUAUAAAAUUCAAAUUUUUGUCAAAAAACGAAAUUUUAAACAGUAAAAACGAAAUUGUAAACCCUGAUGGUAACUGAUCUGGUGCUUGUGUCGACAUCACACUGCAUGCUGUCGUAUUAUGCAUCUCUCAUGUUACAUAUUUGGUGAAACAUUUUCGGAGAAGAUUAUUGUGUUAUCAAGUACAUGUUCCUUUCUGUCAGCUUUAUGGUAGCAUGUUAAGAACCAUAUCCAAUAUGUUGUCCCGACGUUUCUGCAGGCAUAAAAUGUUAUGUUGAAAUUUUUAGAAUAUAUACCGGCGAACCCUCUAGGAUAAAAAGUGACACCAACAGAUUAGCUAGACGAUAUCUUUUGCCUUAUGCCGUUCGAGUUUUCUUCUAAAAUUGAAACUCCAGCAACGUUGAUAGUGCAUUAACACCACAAUCAUUCCUUACCUCUUCUAUCUGCUCUCCAUGGUGUUCUACCUUCUAUACCACUACCACUUUCGUCUUACAGACUUUCGUGUGUAAUUUACUGUUAUGUGCUAUGGGUGCGUGGGGGUGGCUGGAGGGCCAUUCCAUCUAUCCUUCACGUCAAGAGAUAGGAUUAGGAAGGAGGUUAGAGUCAGUUAGUUGGUUUGUUAGGAUGAAUAUAGCUAUUAUAGGUGGCGUCUCUCUAGGGACGCGGUGGUCACUUGGAAUCAAGCAAUGAAGAAGAAUUAAUCCUAAGUGGACAACUCUCCCCAAUAGUCUAGUCCCCUACUCCCCUUCCAAGCUGACUCUGGCUAGCUAUAUUCUUGGUAGUGUUUACCAUGAUGAGCUACAGUUCAUAACAAUUUUCAGUAGACACCUCUCAGUAACUCAAUAUCUUCUGCCUGACAGCUGUUUUCAAUUUGUACUUAUGUCAGUUAGAACUUUCGCCUGAAAUGUGUUGAUUUUAUAUUACCUAAUGCAGUGAUGUGUAAUCACUACAAUCAUGAUAGCUUAUUUCCUGUCAUGUACCUACUCUCUUUGUCCUAGAAUAUAAGGUACCCAAGCAUUCAACGUCUCUCCCAAAUUAUAAGGGAUUCUAAGUGAACUAAUCCUCAAACUCACUUUAAAGGGCCACAUUUACAUGCAUACUACUAUUGUUGUCUACUUGUCUAUCACCGACCCAAAUAUAGGUGAAAACAGUAAAAGUUAGCAAUCUUUCAUUAAAUGCUUUGAAAAGAGAGAUCACAGAGUUCUUCAGUUUCUCGGGAGAUAUAGAAUAUGUUGAAAUGCAAAGUGAAUCUGAAUGGUCACAGCUUGCUUAUGUCACAUUUAAAGACUCACAGGGAGCAGACACUGCUGUUCUUCUCUCGGGGGCAACAAUUGUGGAUCGUGCUGUCAUUAUAACUCCUGCUGAGAACUAUCAGCUGCCUCCUGAAGCACACAAACAAUUAUCGGGAGCAAACGUCUCUACUGAAUCAGCAGUGAGGAAGGCAGAAGAUGUUGUGAGCAGCAUGCUGGCCAAGGGCUUCGUCCUCAGCAAAGACGCACUCAACUUGGCGAGAUCAUUUGACGAGCGUCACAACAUCCUAUCCAACGCCACUGCCACUGUUGCAUCCCUAGACCGCCAGUAUGGCCUGAGCGAAAAGAUCAGUCUCGGAAGGGCCAUUGUCGGCAGCAAGGUCAAGGAGGUGGACGAGCGGUACCAGGUCUCAGAACUCACCAAGUCCGCCUUGGCUGCCGCCGAGCAGAAAGCCAGCGUCGCGGGCUCCGCUAUACUGAGCAACCAGUAUGUCUCGGCUGGUGCCUCGUGGCUAACAAGCGCGUUCGAUAUGGUAACGAAGGCAGCGGGCGACAUGACCUCGAUGGCCAAAGAUAAGGUGGAGAGGGCCGAGGAGGAGAGGAAAGCCAUCAUGUGGGAGGAGAGGAGUGGGCUGGUCAGCGAGUACGCGAAGAUCCAUCUUGACGAGCCCUCUUCGUGGGAGCCCGCGGUUCUGCCUCUGGAAUCAGUGGACGAGCAGAAGCUCCAAGCUGUCUGACACGCACAGACCGAGUGUCUCGCACGAAAUUCUUUUGCAGCUCGUCCUAUAUAUAGAUUGUUCUUUUUCGUUGAUGCACUGGAUUAAAACAAGUGCGCUUGUCGGCCAGUGCCGUGUAAAUUUCUGAGAGUUGGUCUUGUGUUAUUACCAGGUUUUGUUCGUUUCUUUUGUUUUGGAGAGAGUGGUGCUACCAGCAUUACUACACUAGACUACUCUGUGUGAACGGAAUACUACUGUACUUUGUCUCUUCUACUACUACUACAGAAACAGAAUACAACUUCCUUCGUUAGAUUCAGAUUA